CAAUCUAGAGAAUUCCAUGUUGUGUUAUGACAUGUGAGCGUUUGUUUUCACCGAUUCCCGUUUUAUAUAUAUGUGUACUAUAUCGGGUAGAAGACGUUUUUAAGUAGACAAUAGUAUGGAUAAGCCACAAAUUAUUGCACAUGUUCAGAAACCGCUAACAUACACGUUAUUUGACGCGAAGUGGAUUCCAUGCUCUGCAAAGUUCGUAGUGUUGGGCAGUUACCCAAAGGGGACCGGUGCAUUGCAAGUUUAUGAAGUUUCCCAUGGAGACGUCAAGUUAAUUCAUGAUAUAGAGAAGUCAAAAUCAUUCAAAUGCAGCACGUUUGGAGCUUCCAGUCUUCAGCAGAGAUUCAUAGCUACUGGAGAUUUUGAUGGCAAAUUGCAGAUAUGGAAUCUUGAGUCCACAGAAUUACCAGUAUAUUCGGUGAAAGGUCACAAGGAAAUAAUAAAUGCUAUUGAUGGAGUGGGAGGCCUGGGAAUUGGUGAGGGUGCACCAGAAAUAGCUACAGCUAGUCGAGAUGGUGUUGUCAAAGUGUGGGAUCCUCGUCAAAAGAAUGACCCUGUAGCCACAAUGGAAGCAAGUGAAGGAGAAACAAAGAGAGAUGUUUGGGCCGUUGCAUUUGGACAUGCCUUCAAUCAGCAUGACCGGUGUGUGUGUGCUGGUUAUGACAAUGGAGAUGUCAAGUUGUUUGACUUGAGAGCAAUGGCGCUGCGGUGGGAGACCAAUGUUAAAAAUGGGGUGUGUUGUGUGGAGUUUGACAGAAAGGACAUCAAUAUGAACAAGCUUGUGGUCACCACACUGGAGUCGAAGUUUCAUGUCUUCGAUAUGCGGACGCAGCAUCCACAAAAAGGAUUUGCAAGUCUCGUAGAAAAGGCUCACAAGUCAACUGUAUGGUUGGCAAGACAUCUUCCACAGAACAGAGAUAUCUUCAUGACAUCAGGAGGAAAUGGGUCACUUAAUCUGUGGAAAUAUUCCUAUCCAUCAAAACGAGUUGAGAAGGAUGGAAAGGGUGUGGAGAUGGGCGUGGCAGGAACGGUGAAUCUACUACAGAAUGUGACACUGUCGACACAGCCGAUCAGCAGCAUGGACUGGAGCCCCGACAAGGAGGGACUGUGUGUGUGCACCUCGUUUGACCAGAACCUGCGCGUUCUUAUCGUCACCAAGCUGAACAGGGUCUGAGAGUCUAUGGAGAUGAUAACCGAUCGUUACAAGCUGUCUAGCUAGAGUGUGAAGAAAUCAACAACAUUGAUUGAUGAACUACGGUUAGUCUUUGCCAGGAAGGGCAACUGAUCACUCCUGCUCCCCUCCAUAUUCACCUGAAAAGUUUUCACAGAGCAGCAAAUAGAUCACCUUGAAGUUAAAUUUUUAAUACGUUUUAUUUUGAAACUUCAUGCGAUUGCUUGCCUAGCAUAAUUUCAGGAGGGUGAUCUACAGCUCACCUUGAUUUUGUUGGUGGCGAAGACUGACUGUAGUUUGUUACAAACAUUGCUCAGGGUGUUCAGUAUGAUGUUUUACAGUAAGAGGCUGCUAAUGCAGUAAGAACAAAGUAUAAAGUGAUGAGAUUCAAAGCAUCUUCCUAAACAACGUAAUUAAUCUGCAAUGUAAUUUGUAAAACAGACGUGGCACAGAAGUUAAAUGGCUGGUGAAAUUAGUCAGUUGUCAGCUGAUUUCGACAUGCCUGAUUUCUUGAUGGACUGCUGUAGUUGUUUUAAAGGCUAGAUAGCUGAUUGAAGAAAACAGACUUUUACUCUGUUGUCUAGCUCUGUCUUGAAAUAAGAACGCAUUUGUUUCUGAAAAUGAUGGAAUGGAAUGUUAUCACUGUUCUGUCACCUCUUGAAAUACAGCAUUUCUAGAAGUGCAACAAAUGUCACAUUUUAAGUCCAUGGUAUAUUUUACAAAACACAUGUAUUCAUCAAGCCCAUGUUUGAACCAUAGGUCAGAUAGACAAUUUAUUAAACUGCUGAAAUAUACCAGAAAAAGUACCUAGGAUGUGGUGGAGGGUUCAUUGUGUCACAGAACUGUCUUUUCAAUCUGAUCGACUUCAGUGGCGGAUCCAGAAAAUCCAUUUAAGGGGGCCCUAAUGACAUGAGGUGGAAUGCCAAAGGAAUUUUUGGGGAGGUUUGGAGGGGGAUCGUAAAAAAAUAAAAUAAAUGUAAUACAUGUAUAUAAUAAAAUUAUAAUUGUCGCAAAAUUUAGGGGGGACCUGGGACCACCCGUUAGAUCCACCUCUGGACUUCAUAGUCUGGGCUCACAUUGGAACGGAUCUUGUAAAGUUUUUCCUUUAAAGAAUAUCUCAUUAGCCAAAUAUUAUAGGCACUGUGUAUAAAAAUUAGUAAUUAGCUAAUUUAUCGGUGUACAGGCAGAGCCCUGUUAGUACUAUAUGUAGCAGUAGUUAAGAUAAAACAAUAAAACAUUGAUCUCUUUAAGUUAAUGGGAGUUAUUAAUUUUUACUGUUUUGUUUCCAGUUUCAUCUGUCCAGUGUUUCUGCAUCAUUCCAUGUAUUUAUGUUAAUAAAUGUAUACUAUGAAAAGUGA